AUGGGCGGCAAGACGUGGUCCCGCGAGGAAGAGCUCUACUUCUGGCGCACAGUCGUUCCGCUCUCACCCAAGGCCGCCGCGGACCCUCCCGCGCCCGUCGAAUGGUCCCAGCUGGCCGCCGACAUGCAGCAGCAUUUUGGGCUGAACGCCCGGCGGAGAUACACGUCGCUGAUGCUCUACGAGCACUACUUCCAAAACAUCACGACCAGGCAUUUUUCACCAAAAUCGGCCGAUCUCGUUCGCGAGCACAUUCGAGAACUUGUGGCCAACGGCAAAGACCCCGAGGAAGUUGCCAAGUCUGGCGGCAAGCCCAAGAGGCCAAGCAAGAGAAAGGCGUCGGCCGGUUCAAGCGGCUCCCGCAGCAAGCAGCCCCCGAAGAAAAGGCCAGCCACGGAAACACAGUCGCCGUUGGGGCAGUCAGCGGGCCCAGCUAUGGUCCCGGCCCAGGCACCAACUGCAUCGGCGAGCAACAAUGCAAACCAGCACGAUAUAACAAAUGCAUAUGCGGUCCCUCGGCAGCAAUAUUACCCGCCUGUGUUACAAGCGCGUGGUUUGACGCAUAGCCAUCCAUCAGUGGCCAGUACCAGCUUCCAUGCCCACAAUCUGUUGGACGCUGCUCCAGGGCAGUCCUCGCAGAACAAUGCCCUCACACAGAACACGACCCAGUACAGCACGCCUACAAUCCACGACCACAGCGUCUGUCCCGGACAACAGUUUUUCAGCGAUGUCAACUGGAAUAACAGUGCCGGCCAGGAUUCAGGCUACAUGUCGGGGGCGUCGUCGAACCAUCUUGCAUCGCCGACUUCCCACGGGUUGACCCAAGGCGGCCCCAGCCCCAACGAGACUGGUUACUCGUAUUACGGCGUGGAGGAGGGUUAG